CGCCACCGCCCGUGCAGCAGCAGCAGCAGCACACGUGCUCUCAACGACAGCCUGCAGUGCCGUGCGAGACCAUCCAGCUGCAAGCCGAGGGUGACCAGGAGAGCGCUGAGCCAUGGGCAAGAAGAACAGCAAACUCAAGAAGGAGGUCGUCAACCAGCUCGUCAAUGAGACCUACUUCACGGAAAAAGAAAUUCGGCAGUGGUACAAGGGCUUUGUCAAAGACUGUCCUUCAGGACAUCUCACUGAGCAGGGAUUCCUGAGGAUAUACAAGCUUUUCUUCCCCCAGGGAGAUCCUUCUAAGUUUACUUCGCUGAUUUUCCGGGUCUUCGACGAGAACAAGGAUGGUGCUAUCGAGUUCGAAGAGUUCAUCAGAGCGCUGUCGGUAACGUCAAGAGGGAACGUAGAAGAGAAGCUGGACUGGGCAUUCAGACUGUAUGACGUGGACAGCGAUGGUUUUAUCACCCGAGAUGAGAUGUACAACAUCGUCGACGCCAUUUACCAGAUGCUGGGAAACCAAGCGAAGGACAACGCUGAAGAGUCUCCCCGGGAGAGGGUUGACAAGAUAUUCGAACAAUUGGACAAGAACCACGACAACCAGCUGACCCUGGACGAGUUCAAGGAAGGCUCGAAGCAGGACCCCAAGAUCGUGCAGGCCCUGUCUCUGUAUUCUGCUUGAACGGCUGCAUCCUAAUCUCGCUCACUCUCCCCUUGGACCUCCGCACGAAGAAGGCGACGACGACAGAAGCAGCGGCAGUAGCAAUACUACUACUAACUCGCCCCCCAAAGAACCGCUUGCACCUUGCUCUUCAUCACCCUUACGCUUUUGCUCUCCGCUGUACAUUCUUUAUACUUCUUGUAUCAUGCUUUUCGUUCCACCUUUCCCAUGCGUUGGGCCAGGGGACGGGUUUCCACUUGCGAACGGUAAACGACGGCCGACGGAGUGUAGAUAGCUGCAACUCAACGGCUCAGCACUGACGGCGCUGCGCGAUGUCGCUGAAAUUUGAGUCCUAUACCCAAGCAGCCGGGUGGCACUGCCCGCCGUACACACUGAACACGCCGCACCCAGCAGUCGACGUUGAUGGGUGCCUGGUGAACGUAUUUGUCAUAUCUUCAUUCGACGAAACAGGCGCGCCUAGACUUCAACGAUACGAUAGCACCACCCCAAUUGUGUAUGCUCUCUGCCAAGCAAUCACUCCUCAAUUUUUCGAGUCUCAUCCGUGUGAAUUCAUUGACAUUCACGUGUGCUUCCUCCGAAAGUCGAAAUUGUACCCACACAACCGAUUAUCUUUCCUUUUUUAUAAUUUUUUCUUGUUCCCUUUGUAGUGGCACCUAAAAGCGUCACUCAUAGACAUAUGAGAGUUUUGCGAUGCGUGUUAUACGGCGCUUUCUUUUUUAUUUUUACAUUCUACGAAACAAAAGGAAUUUUUGUUGUAUUCACUUUCUAUCAAUCACGCCUUGUUAUAUACCAUACAAUGUAGAGAUCAAUGAACAAGGCGAGACAAAGUGAAUAAAAAACAAGAGAAAACAAAAGAAAAGUCAAUGAGAAGAAAGCAAGGCGAUCAAGAGAGAGACAGCAAUAGAGAAGUGAGGAAAAACUAGAGAAAGGUAAAAAAAAAAAGAAUCCCGAGAAUGAGUCAUGAAAAUAAAAAAAACGAGGCGCAGAGAAAACUGAGGUUAAGAAAGAUAAGGAAAGAAAAGAAUGUGAGAAAAGUAAAAUGUGAUUAUAAAUAGAAGGAGAGAGAUUCUAGAGAAAAACAACGAGUCAGCUGAGCAGGUGUUAUAGAAAAAAAAGUGAACAAGAAAAAUACAGUACGGCAUAGAGAACAAUCGAUGCUUUCUAGAGCAUCAGACAAGCACUACAAGGAAAAGGCGCACAGCCCUGCCUGUGUGCAGUGCGCUUUUUUUGUGUGUCGUCUUCGAGUAAUGUGCUAGGAAACAUCAAUUAUGCAGUGGGUAGUAUUCCGAUGCUCCAUCUUGAAAAUAACGAAAAGAGUAAAAGAGAGAGAAUGUUGGCACACACACAAAAAAGGAAUUGUAAAACUGGUAAGAAGAGGCAGAUAGCAAGACAGUAAAGAAUUGAAGGGCGUUAAAAAGGCAUAAGUAACAAGAAAAAAUGAGUAAAGAAAUUGAUAAUGCAGAGUUAAAAAGAAAUCUAGAUUAAGGGACAGGGACAACGAGAUAACAAAGAUGAGAAACUACAUAAAAAACAAAAGAAAAAAUGUGCUAAGGAAACAAAUUUAAGAGAAAAAAGGGAAUGAAAAGAAAUAGAGAACUAAGAGUUGACUAGAGUGAGAGAAAAAAUGCGAGAUAAAGAAAAUAGACAAAUCAAGGUGAGGAAUCAGUGUGGAAAGAAGAAAGCGAGAAAUAUUGAGUAAAAAGCAACGAAAAAAUAAAAAAACAGAGAACAAGUGAC